UUUAUCAGCUUGGUUUAUCGGCAGGGCAUAUUAUCAUUUAACUCUUGUGUUGGUCUUUGUAGAACAGCUUAGACAUGCUUGUGCAUUUGAUUUUAGUAUUGACCUUUGCUUCAAUGAACAUCGCUGAUACAUCAGAAAAGCGAUUUUUAAUUCCAAUACCUAUUUUCCAAGAGAAUUGGUCAUCUUGGAGUUCGUGUUCAGCGUCAUGCGGGGACACUGGCGAACGACACAGAACUCGUGGUUGUCACACCAUUCUUGGAGUUGUACAUUGGUCCAAGUGUGGAACAGGGGGUGAAGAAAAAGAGGCUUGUGUUGGUUCUUGUCCACAUACCACAGGAAAAACGACGGCGUUAUUAGGCACAUGGAGCCCAUGGGGUCUAUUUUCUCCCUGUGACAAGACCUGUGGGGGCGGUAUACAAAUCAGACAUAGGACCUGUGGCUCUGGUCCCUGUAUAGGAGACUCUCUGGAGUCAGCCGCCUGUAAUGUCCACCCAUGUCCGGUUCAAUCAACCCCUGCUGUCAGCACCACACAACCAGUAACAACCGCAGGGACCAAAGCCCCACAGUGGGCAUCGGUCACCACAACGAGGAAGGCAACCACCACACACAAAAAAUUCAUAACGCUACGAUCCAAUAAAUGAUUGCCUGGCACAAUGCCAUGGUACAAUAAUCAA